AUCAACGAAGAUCAACUGCACGAGGAGCCAUCAGAGAAAAUUUCAGGGUAAUAAGGCCGCGCGUGAAACCAGUCCGUUCUGUUUCAGAGGACCGCUCGUAGUAUCGUGUGAAGACGGAAGGAGCGAGGAACGUUUCUCGUGAUCCCGGACGCAGUGAACUUGCCGAUCGGUUUCAGGCAUCCUCUCGGAUCACGGUUCCUGCGAUAUUGACAAUCGGAUAAGGCGAACGAAAAUCUCGUAAAUCUGUCGCAUUAUCUGCCGAGUAGCUUAUUUCCAGGAUGUCUUGUAUUCAUUAUCGGCAAGCAAACCCUCCAAGAGAAAGAAAUUACUUCGAUGGCCAAUACAAUCGCUAUGUGGCUCACUCUUACUCGCCGAGAGUCACAACUCCGGAGACUUAUAGAAGCGGUUAUUGCGCCGGAUGGAGGACGCUGGAACUUCAAGGAAACAGCGCCGAAAUUUCGUCGACAGCGAGGGGUGAUCUAUCGUAUGGAGACGCCCGAAUGCAAAGCGGAAGGAUGACGCCGACGUUAAAGCAAGAGACAAUGAAACACGGGGACACGAUCACGCUCGAAAAGAUACAAACGAAAAUCAAGUUCCUCGAGGACAGCAAUAUAGUUAUGCAGACGCGCAAUCAGAAUCUUAUCACCGAGAACAAAGCCCUCGCGUCUCAACUCAAAGAGGAACGGGACGAAGCGAAAAGGCUAGAGAAGAGGCUGACGUUGCUGCGAGAGGAACUUGAUUUCGAAAGAUCGAAGAUCGAAGGGAUGAAACAAGAGGCAGAAGAAGUCAGAAAUAGACAAACGCCGAUGGUUCAAACAAACGGAACGUCGACAACGAACAUCGUAUCUAGGACUGAUCGUGGAGUUCAAGUCUGGGCGGUAUGCAUGGCUUGUCAAAGAAAAUUGGAGAGUUGCGAGAAACAACCACCCACCGUCGUCAUCACCAAAUCGGAAUUAGAAGUGCUGGAAAAAGAUAUGCAGACUCUUCGAGAUACUAUAAUCGCGCGAGAACAAGCAUGGGACAAGGCCAUGGAACGCGAGCACAAUUAUAGGCAGCAGUUGACGCGACUCACCACGGAAACAAUCACGGCUCGUCACCUUUCUGACACGCGCUACGAGGAGCUCAAAACUGCGACAACCGCGCUGCAGGAAAAAGAAUCGGAAUUUAAAUCGACUCAAAAGGAUAACGCAUAUCUACAGAAAUUGAUCGCAAAGAUUUACAAUAGCUAUCAAAGAGGGCAAGAUGGAUAUCAAAGAAGCAGUUUGACAGCUGAUAUUAAUGAGAAGGAUCAAAGAUUUAUCGAAGACAUUGCUCGACGAGCAUCCAGCGGAAAAGGCAAACAGAAACCAAAAUUGAAAAGUUCCUGUUCGGAAAGAACCGCACAUUCUACCGUUUAUCAAUACAGUCCUCGUGAUAAAAGUUCGAGAUCUGCCAAGGAUCAAGCAGGUUGUUUAAAAGAACCGAAACGCUAAUAACAACUCCUUCUUAACGAUAUCAGGAUCUUUUAUUGAAAAUAAGAAAAUAUGAAAUUUGUACGUGCCAAAAAUGCAAUUUUUAAGCUAAACUAAUCUUUGAUUUCGUUGUUUUAAUCGCAUAUUUAACUAUAAACUGAAAGAGCAAUCAAUAUUUGGAUUCGUCUGGACUAAUCUAAUAAUCCCCAUAGGGAAUUUUAGGUAAAAUCAGAAGGUAAAUAAAUACCAUUAAUAUCGAAGGCGAUAAAGCCAAUAUAUAUAACUAUGAAAAGACUCAUUACUAUAAAAUUAUAAACAAUAUAGAAACAAUGAUAUCUUACCACAACACCUGUCGCGGGGUAACAUUAAACAAACGUCUAAUCACUUCGACUUUCUUCACUAAAAUGACAUCCCGCGCCCCGCCGCGGUUUGCUCAGUGAAUUUUGGUUAGCGAGAAAUGGUGAAACCUUGCAGCAAGUCAAACGUACAGAAAUACGAAUUUUCAAAUGUCAAAUUUCUGAGAGGGAUAUAUUUUCUGUAAUAAGCAUAUUUAUGUCCCAAACAAACAAAUAAUACAUUAGACCGAAAUACGGAAAUAUGAGUAAACGUAAACACGCGUAAGCUAAUUAAUUAAAGCUAAUUAAUUUGGAUGAACAAAAUUUAUGCAUUUGAAAUAUGGAUACCUGCGUUUAGAGAUUUAAUAUACGUGUCAUCGUUUAAUUUGAUUAAAUAAAAUUGAUUAAUAGAUAGAGAGCAUAAAAAUCAUAAUUUUUAGUCUGAAAUAAAGUAGUGUUCUAGGCCAGAAAAUUUUAAUUAUAUCUUAUAGACGGAAAAGGAUAAACGACAAGAAAGUAAAUUAUAUGUAUUUUGUCUGUG